AUGGCGUCCAAGCUAAAUACAGUUACUUUGAUAUUGUUCACCAUCAUCACCUUCAGUUCUCUCAUCCCUCAAACCCAAGCUAGACUACUGCUGUCUCGACCAGCACCAAACCCGGAAACUCCUACCCGUUUCGCCUUCCCUGAAUCCCAAUCCACAGUUCUCCCCGAUCCUUCACAAUUCUUCACCUCAGAUCUCCUCUCCACCCCUCUCCCUACAAACUCGUUCUUCCAAAACUUCGUCCUUGGAAACGGUGACAACCCUGAAUACUUCCACCCUUACCAAAUCAAAUCCUCUGGCUCCUCCUUAUCGCUUUCUUACCCUAACCGCAUCCCCACCACUACUUCCAUACUCCAAAACUUCACCGCUGACCUCACCAUCUCCGCCACACAAGACUACGCCGACUACCAACAACAAGGUCAUGGGGUGUCGUCCUUUAACGACCUAAGUGUCACACUUGACUUCCCCUCCUCCAAUCUCCGCUUCUUCCUCGUCCGCGGAAGCCCCUACUUGACAUUCUUCGUCAACAAUCCCACCGCGCUUUCCAUCUCCACCGGGCAUGCAAUCUCCUCAUUUUCUUCAAACGCGGCGCGUGACAAGUACACGCUCAAGCUCAAUAACGACCAGACAUGGCUGCUAUACUCGUCCUCAGCAAUUGACUUCACCAACAGCGACCCUUCAUCUAUCAGCACUUCAGAUCAGUUUUACGGCAUCAUUAGGAUUGCAUUGUUGCCGGGUUCAGAAAAUGAGUCAGUUCUCGACCACUUUUGUGCUUGUUACCCGAUGUCCGGUGAGGCUGUGUUCAAAGAGGAGCCGUUUUCUUUGGAAUACAGAUGGAAGAAAACCAAUGGGGAUUUGCUUAUGCUAGCUCAUCCUCUACAUAUCAAGCUUCUCCAAAAUAAUGUCACUGUGCUAGAAAAAUUCAAGUAUGGAAGCAUUGAUGGUGAUCUAGUUGGCGUUGUGGGAAACUCUUGGGUGUUGAAAACACCUGCUCUUCCGGUCACUUGGCAUUCGAUCAAAGUUGUCAAAGACAAAGCAUCACAUACCGAAAUUAUUUCCGCUCUUUCUAGAGAUGUUGAGGCUCUCAUUUCGACACCCAUUUCAAAUACGGAUUCCUACUCUUAUGGUAAACUGACUGCCAAAGCUGCGAGGUUGGCCUUGAUUGCUGAAGAGGUGGAUUUUGUUCAUGUGAUUCCAGCGAUCACAAAGUUCUUGAAGGACGCAAUCGAGCCAUGGUUGGAUGGGACUUUCAAUGGGGAUGGUUUCUUGUAUGAGGGUUCAUGGGGUGGACUUGUCACUCAAAAUGGAGCAUUGGAUAAAGGUGCAGAUUAUGGGUUUGGUGUGUAUAAUGAUCACCAUUACCAUAUUGGCUACUUCCUUUAUUCGAUCUCGGUUCUUACAAAGAUGGACCCGGCAUGGGGGAUGAAGUAUAGAGAUCAAGCUUAUGCGCUUGCCGCAGAUUUUAUGAACUUAAAUAGCACACUAGAUGCAAAGUAUACUCGGUUGAGAAACUUUGAUCUCUAUAGUUUACAUUCAUGGGCUGGAGGCGUAACAGAAUUCGGAGACGGUCGCAAUCAGGAGAGUUCGAGUGAGGCAGUGAAUGCUUACUACUCGGCUGCAUUGAUGGGGUUAGCCUACAAAGAUGAUAAUCUCACCGCCAUCGGAUCAUUGCUUGCAGCAUUGGAGAUUCAAGCAACUCAGACGUGGUGGCAUGUGCACCAAGGAGACAACAUGUAUGAGGAUGUUUUUGCAAGUGAGAACAAGAUCACUGGAAUUGUGUGGUCUAAUAAGAGAGACGCUGGACUUUGGUUUGCUGCUCCGGAGUCAAGAGAGUGCAGGCUUGGAAUUCAGGUGCUGCCGAUUUCGCCUAUCACUGAGGCCUUGUUCUCUAAUGUUAGCUAUGUCAGGGAACUUGUAAGUUGGACAAUGCCAGCUUUGGAGGGAGCAAGUGAAGCAUGGAAAGGGUUUGCUUAUGCUUUGGAAGGGAUGUAUAACAAAGAAGAGGCUUUGGAAAAGAUCAGAAAUUUGAAAGGUUUCGAUGACGGGAACUCACUAACCAAUCUCUUAUGGUGGAUCCACAGUAGAGGCUAG